UUGGUCGAUCACUGCCCAAUACGUUUUAAUGUUUAUUUCAUGUUUCUUAAAAUUCCGUGACGAUGAGACGUGAUUAAGUAAGCCAGCUAUGUGUAGCUAUGUUACAUAUUAGUCUGUUUACUAACAUUUAAAAUGUGGGUGAAACCUCAAGAAGUAUUUCUGAAGACCCCUUUGUGGGAUAGUGACGAAACGACGUUGUAUUUCGUUCUUCAAAGGCGGAAAGGACAUGGAAAAUCGAAAGGUCUUUCGUCGUUACUUGUGGGUACAUUGGAUAGCGUACGUGAUACCAAACCAGCGCCUUACCGGAUUUUGCAUCAGACACCAAAUUCCGAAAUAUACUAUGUGAUAGCAACAGCGCUAACUGAGCAAGAGAUCCGUCAGGACUGGCAAUGGCUAUUUGAAAAUGUGAGUCCUACAUUACACUCUUUUGACACUGAGGAGGAGAUAACAGAAUUUGUCUGCUGUAAGAUCAACUCUAUAAUUGCUACAGAACAAGAAAAUUUAACUGAAGAUGAAGACACAUAUAAAAAUGUUGACUACGAUUUUCAUCAGCGAUUUUCAAUGCCAAAAGAUGAAAAGUUGGUGUGCUAUUAUUCAUGCAGUUACUGGAAAGGCAAAAUGCCUCGUCAGGGUUGGAUGUACCUUUCCGUCCACUAUAUGUGUUUCUACUCCUACAUAUUUGGGCGCAAAACCGCCAUAAAGAUCCGAUGGGCUGAUGUUACCGAACUAGCAAAAAGCAACAGCCUUCUGUUCCCGGAUUCAAUAAAAAUUGUGACAAGGGAUGGAGAGCAUUAUUUCACUAUGUUCCUGAAGAAGAAUGAGACUUUCGCUCUUAUGCAACAGCUUGCCAACAUUGCAAUGAAAGAGUUAAUCGACGACAAAUCUGGCACAUUCAACAUAGACAAAGACCUACUAACAAAACUAAGCAAGAAUGUCCAAAAGAAGCCAUCCUUCCUUAAAAGAGAUUUGGAUGCUAGAAAACAAUCUAAUUUAUACACGCUCAGAUUUCGCUUGCCCCACUCUGAGAAACUCGAUGGAACUGAAGAAUGUACUUUAUGGACGCCGUAUAAUAAGAAACAUAACUGGGGAAGGCUUUACUUGUCACAGAAUUUCAUCUGUUUCGAUAGUCGCGUCUCGCAUCUUGUACGUUUAACGAUACCGCUCCGUAACGUUUAUCAAGUGGAGCGGGCGGAUUCUGGGGGCACGGGCAGUUCGGUGGACUCCGGCAGUAUCCUGAUCACAACGGCACAUCACACCAGCUUCUUGUUCGGGAAUAUAUCCGAUCGGGACUUUCUCUGCUACAAGAUAUCCGAGCUGUUGGCGAAGCUACCAAAUGAUGUGUACAGGGAGAAGUCGUCGAAGGCACUGAACCGGCCCGAGGAAGGGGAGUGGACCCCUCAGCCGCCACUUAUGACCUUGUUCAAGACGCACCAAACAUCGUCCAUAAGGCAGAUACAACAAAAGAAGGAAAAGCAAUGGGAAGACCAUAUGGCCGAAGUGGGUCGAGGUGUAAGCAUGUACAGAACAACUGAAGGAAGUGAACUGGUCGUUAACGGCAUUCCGGAAUGCCUUCGGGGCGAACUUUGGGGUGUUUUCUCAGGAUCUAUACUCCAAAAAGCUCAGAACAAAGGGUUGUAUGAGAAAUUAGUAAAUGACGCAUUGUCCUCGAAGAACCAAGCAAACGACGAAAUUGAGAGGGACCUGCACCGAUCACUGCCGGAACAUCCCGCCUUUCAGAAUGAUGUUGGUAUAUCGGCUCUACGCCGAGCCCUUUGCGCGUACGCUCUGAAGAAUCCCACAAUCGGUUACUGCCAAGCGAUGAACAUAGUUGCUUCAGUGUUGCUGAUAUACUGCCCCGAGGAACAAGCUUUUUGGUUGUUAGCAACUAUUUGUGAAACAUUGCUCCCGGAUUAUUAUAACACCAGGGUCGUUGGUGCUUUGGUUGAUCAGGGAGUUUUAGACGAGCUGACUAAAACUCAUUUGCCAGAACUACACGCCAAGUUGGACGAACUUGGCAUAAUGAAAAUGAUCUCAUUAUCCUGGUUCCUUACGCUCUUCAUAAGCGUAAUGCCUUACGAGUGCGCUGUGAAUGUUAUGGAUUGCUUUUUUUAUGAUGGCGCCAAGGUCAUUUUUCAGGUGACCUUGACAAUUUUGGAUAUAAAUCGUGAGGUAUUACUGAACUGUGCGGAGGAUGGACAGGCGAUGCAAGUGUUGAACGAUUACCUCGCUGGCAUUUAUAACGACGAGGCAAUGGCUUUGUCGACAGAACCGAGGACUGCGGAUAAGACGAUAAAAAUCCAAGAGCUAGUGUACCAAUCUUACCGUUCGUACGGCGGUACCGUCAGUAGCGAGUGCAUUGAACACUUACGAUUGAAGCAUCGACUACGCGUUGUUCGACAGUUGGAAGACAGCCUCGAGAAGAAUACGCUGCGCGCUUUACAGCAGGAUAAACUUUUGGAUGCUAACGAAUUGCAGGAACUAUUGAGCAUAAUUCGCGAGGAACUUUUCUGGGCUAAACGCGUGCCGUGCGAGCGCCUGGAAGCGCCCUACGAAGCAUAUCGACUCGACUACGGGCAAUUUAAGACAUUGUUCUCGGCUUUAUCACCAUGGGCGAAAGGGGAUUAUGCUGAUGCGAUUACUACUAGGAUGUUUAAGCUGAUGGACCACGACGAUGACGGGCUAGUCAGCGCUCGGGGCCUGAGCGUGGCAGUGGGGCUGAGCACGAGAGCGGAUGCUCAGCGGAGACUGAGGGCGCUCUACUGUGCGCACGCGCCGCCACUGCUUUCUCCAAUAGAGCUCCGACCCACUCACUUCACCGAAACUGGAGAAGAGCUGGCCACUGAUGCAAUCACCUUUUUUGAUAGUAUAGAAAAUCCGUCCACACCUGAACCAAAUAUGCAGCGGUCGAUAAGCGUAGUUUGCGGGGACGGAGGUCACAUGGACAAAUCCUCUGACAGCGCUUAUAGCCAAUGUCAAUCCUGGCAACCGGCGGAUUGCGUGCGAGCUUGUGCGUUGGCUGGUAUGCCCUCCCCGGCCGCUUCCACUCCGGGGACUCCCCCACCGCCCCGGUCUGCGCCGCCAUUGCCGCGCCCGCACUUUUUGCGGUUGCUCGCCGCACUACACGAUCUGACGCAACACUCGACACCGUUGUACGAAGCCGUCGCGAGAGCAGGCACAUUACUUCUGCAAUUAGGUGAACUGAAUCAAAGGCCUGCUAUGGAUCGUGAGAUUUCUCAAGACAGUCUAUUUUUGGCUGCCGCAGCCCAACCGAUGCCUGAGAUCGACCCAAACGGCAACCCAACUGAACCAAGCCAAGAACAAGGGACACCGCCGUCUCCUUCAAAGGAAAACGACCCACCAGAGGAGGGCGUGUGGUCGAUAACUCUAGAACAAUUCCUAGCUACCAUGCUUACUGAGCCAUUGUUAGAAGAUUACUUCAACAAGCAAUUUCCAUUAACGUACUCGUUGGAAGCCCUAAGACAAAGAGAUCGACUACAGUCUGUUUCAUAGCUCAAGAUAAACUUGAUUUCUUUAGACCUAAGCGAUAUUCAUUAUAUAUAAAGAGUAAUUUGACAAUAGGAGUACAACUUCAACUAUGUACUUAGGAGUUGUGAAUGAUCCAAAUAAAUUAAGCGUAUAGUCCAACCCUUUUAAUGAGCAGCUUCGCAUAUCAGAUGACGUGUAAACUUGGUACGAGCAGCAAUUUAAUUUAGAUCAAAAAUUAUUAUUGUAAAAAAAAAACAUUGUUCCAACUGUAAAGAUCAUCACAGAAUUGGUAAGAGUGAUAUACUUAAUCGGAGAUAAGGGUAAAAAGGAGACUCCAUCGAGCGACGGAGUCUUCUUCACCCGACCUAGUUCCGAUAGGUACAUUUUCUAUGACUUUUUUGU